AUAAUUAAUCACCAUAACCGCGUAAGCCGAAUCAGUUCGCCCUCCCCACUGACGCGUAAAAUGCCUUUUCAUCGAAAGUGGGUCUCACGGCAUUUGCAUCUGCACCAAGAUAAGCUCUCCCCACAGUGAUAGUAAACACAAAUUUGAAGAGAGCCUCGCCCCGGGGUUGGAUACAAACGCAUCUCUGUGCUCGCUGCGGUUAAGGAGUCACCAGGGGAAUUGUUUUUUUUUCCCCCUUUUUUUUUCCUUCUUUUUUCCUUUUUUUGCUUCCUUUCCCGCCGCUUUUCUUCCUUUGCUUAUUUCCCCCUUCUUGCCGAAUCGCCAGCCGCGUCCCGGAAGUGACCCACUUUGUAAAACACUACUCCGCGGCGAGGCAAACGAGAAGCAAAGGAGAUGUCUCACUUGUCGUAGGGACCCCCGGCGGAAGCAUUUGGCGACAAGGACUGCCCCGCGUAGCGGCCCCUCUGAGCUGCCCCUCCUACCCGCUUCUAUCUGCUGGCGCCAUGGCGAACGGGUGGCCCGCGGAUAAAAUCUUCGGGGACGUCAUGUCCUACACGUACGACGACAUCAUCUGCCUGCCGGGGUACAUCAACUUCCCAAUGAGCGAAAUCGACCUGUGCAACAACCUGACGCCGGAGAUCUCUCUGAAGACGCCCAUCAUAUCCUCCCCCAUGGACACGGUGACGGAGCACAAGAUGUCCAUUUCGCUAGCUCUCUGUGGAGGCCUGGGAAUCAUCCACAACAACAUGAGCAUAGAGAAUCAAAUAGAAGAGGUGAAGAAGGUCAAGCGGUUCGAAAACGGGUUCAUAUUUGAUCCGUAUACCUUCUCCCCAGAACACACGGUGGCAGAUGUAAUUGCAACCAAAAAUAAAGUGGGCUACAAAUCGUAUCCCAUAACGGUAGAUGGGAAGGUGGGUUCUAAAUUAGUUGGGAUCAUUACAGGGGUGGACUACCUCUACCUCACUGAUAAAACGAGGAAAAUAAAAGACAUCAUGACGACGGAGGUAGUUACAGGCAACUACCCAAUCAACCUCUCCGAUGCUAAUAAGGUCCUAUGUGAAGAAAAAAAAAGUGUCCUCCCAAUUGUUAAUAGCAAUUAUGAGUUAAUAGCUCUCGUCUGCAGAAACGACAUGCACAAAAAUAAAAUUUUCCCCCACGCUUCGAAAAGUCAAAAUAAACAGCUAAUUGUAGGUGCCUCCAUUUCGACUAGGGAACACGACUUAGAGAGAGCCAACCAGUUAAUAAAAAAUAUGAUUGACAUCAUCUGCAUAGACUCCUCCCAGGGGAACAGCAUAUACCAAAUUGAUACCAUCAAGAAGAUUAAGGGGGCUCACCCGGACAUCCCCAUCAUUGGGGGUAACGUAGUGACAUGCGAUCAGGCAAAAAACUUAAUAGAUGCAGGGGCUGAUGUGUUGCGAAUAGGAAUGGGUAGUGGCUCCAUUUGCACCACCCAAGAUGUAUGUGCCAUUGGAAGAGCCCAAGGCACAGCAGUCUACCACGUAAGUAACUAUGCGCAUACUAGAAAUAUUAAAACCAUUGCAGAUGGGGGAAUUAAAAACUCCGGGAAUAUUGUUAAAGCAUUAUCCAUCGGUGCAGACUUCGUGAUGAUGGGGAACCUCCUAGCCGCAACAGAAGAAAGCUGUAGUGAUUACUAUUUUGAAAAUAAUGUGCGUCUGAAAAUCUACAGAGGAAUGGGGAGCAUGGAGGCCAUGUACAACAAGGGAUUCAAUUCUAAGAGUAGAUACCUCGUGGAGGAGCGAAAGAAUGAUGGCCUCUGUGACCAGAAUGAAGAAAUAAAAGUGUCCCAAGGGGUGUCAGCUAGCUUAGUCGACAAAGGAUCUGUCCUCAAUUUGAUUCCUCAUCUUGUUAAGGCUGUUAAGCAUGGCUUCCAGAGCAUGGGAAUUAGGAACAUCCCCGAGCUGCAUUCCAGGCUGUACUCGGGCGACCUCAAGUUCGACGUGCGCUCCUUCAACACCAUCAAGGAGGGCCGCAUAAGCGACAACCUCAUAUUCACCAAUAAGAAGUUCACGCCCUGA